AUGAAAAUCUCCACUGCGCUAUACGUCGGUCUUCUAUCUACUGCUUUAGGGACACCGCUUCAUGUGGCUGCUACCAACAACGUACAGCGCGGCACACCAACCAGCCGCGAUGCGUCUUCCGUCCAAGAAACGAUCAGUCUCUGCACUCAAUACGCCUAUUACGCGGCCAACGGUUAUGAAGUCCUAAACAACCUCUGGGGCAAGGACUCAGCGACCUCGGGAUCGCAGUGCACAUAUUACGAAGGCACUUCUGGGUCCGGCAUCAACUAUGUUUACGCCGGUCGUCAACUCACCAAAGGUAACACGAUUGCCAAGAUCAAAACCAUGCCAACGCAGAUUGAUUGGAGCUAUAACACCACCAACAAUGUACGCGCAAAUGUAGCGUAUGACAUCUUUACGGCUUCAGACCCAAAUCACGUCAAUAGCAGUGGGGACUAUGAACUCAUGAUUUGGCUCGGUCGUGAAGGUGGAGUAUGGCCAAUAUCACAGGGAGGAUCCCCAAUAGCUACGGUUACGAUCGCAGGAUACAGCUUCGAUAUUUACUUCGGCUACAACGGAUCGAUGAAGGUGUAUAGUUUCGUGAGAUCUAGUAGCAAUGAUAUAACCAGCUUCAAGGCUGACGUCAAGUUAUUUUUCAACUACUUGGUCAGCAAUCAGCAGUUUCCCGCAAGUUCGCAAAAUCUGAUCGUAUAUCAGGUAGGUACAGAGGCUUUUACCGGUGGGCCUACUAAAUUCUCAGUCUCCUCAUUCAGUGCUAGCAUUACUGUCUAG